AGAAAAGCCAUUAAAAAAGAGGAAAGAAAGGGGAAGAAAGAAAUGAGGAAAGAAACCCAAAAAGUUGGUUUAUUUUUAUUUUAUUAUUCCCUGUAAUAACCAGCAGAUUCACCAUGAAAUACUUCUUCCUGCCUCCAUUCAUUCCCAGGAAGUAUUUGAUAUAUUGGAGAGUAUAGAGGAGCUAUGGGGGCUUUAACUUGUUGGAAAGGUUAUGGGUAUCAUUGGUUUCUCCUCUUUGUUUUCUGGUUAUCUGGAUUUCGAGAUGGAAGGGCUCUUAAGGCAGCCAAUGAGCCUGAAUUGUCUGGUGGGUCUGCUUUUGUUCUUUCAGAUCCACCGAUUGGUCUCUUUGGACCCAUUGAGAUAUCACCUGCUGUUGUUCCACGCUACCCUUAUCCCCUUGAACCCCUGGCGCCCAUGUACCCAUCCUUUCCAGCCACUUACCAGCCUGUCUUAACAGGGAGAUGCCCAGUUAGUUUUUCUUUAAUUGAUGGUAUCCUUGACAAAACUGCAUCAGAUUGCAUUGCACCUCUAGCCUCAUUGGUGGGCAAUGUGAUAUGCUGUCCCCAAGUUUAUAGUUUGCUUCAUAUUUUCCAAGGGGUCUACAGCAUGGAAUCUGGUUCAUUGGUCCUGAACAAUGCUACUGCAAAUGAUUGCUUCUCAGAUAUUAUGAGUAUUUUAAGCAGUAGAGGUGCAAAUAACACUCUCCCGUUGCUUUGCUCUGUGAGUUCAUCAAAUCUCACCGGUGGGUCUUGUCCUGUCAAGGAUGCCCAUGCAUUUGAGAAAAUGGUAAACACAAGCAAAUUGCUUGACGCUUGUGGAACCAUUGAUCCCCUCAAAGAGUGCUGUAGACCUCUUUGUCAGCCUGCCAUCCUUGAUGCUGCAGUGCGCCUUGCUUCAACUGCAUCGAGCAUGUUGGAGAAUGGUGGUCUGAUAGGGAGAUCUUCAGGGGUUGAUGUUCUUGGUGAUUGCAAAAGGGUUGUGUAUGCAUGGCUUUCUAAAAAGCUCUCUCCUGAUGCUGCCAACACUGCUUAUCGGAUGUUAUCAGGCUGCAAGGUCAAUAGAGCUUGCCCAUUGCAGUUCAAGCAACCGACAUCAGUAAUAGAAGCAUGCAAGGACUUGGCUUCUAUGAACCCUUCCUGUUGUAGCUCAUUAAAUGCUUACAUCACAUCAAUACAGAAGCAGAUGCUGAUUACCAAUAGGCAGGCCUUAAACUGUGCAACCAUGUUUGGAUCCAUGUUAAAGAAGGGUGGUGUCAAGGAAAAUAUUUAUGAGCUUUGUGGUAUUGACCUGAAAGACUUCAGCCUUCAAGCAAAUGGGCUACAAGGUUGCCUGCUCCGAAGCUUGCCUACAGAUGUUGUAAUUGACAAUUCUACAGGUGUUAGCUUUACAUGUGACUUGAGUGAUAAUAUUGCCGCUCCAUGGCCUUUGUCAUCCUCACUCUCCACGUUGUCCCUCUGUGCUCCAGAGAUGUCAUUGCCUGCAUUGCCCUCAUCUGACAAAUCUGGUUUUCUUGAUAACUGUUACCGGAGAGUGGACAUUCGAGCACUAGUCAUCUUGAUCUGUAUACAUAGUAUGCUGUUUAUCAAGGGCAUUUAAACACCUCCAUUGAAUUGGCCCACAGAUUGUGGCCAUCGAGUCUCCCUUAGUGGGUGCUUUGUAUAUCAAAAUGUGGGUAGAGAGAGAGAGAGAGAGAGGGGGGCUAGGGUAUCUUUUCUUUCCCUUCCCCUAUUUCUGUAUUUUUAGAACUUAUGACUGCAUCAUCUUUUUCCAUGUAUAUUAGCUGGGCUUUAUUUUGUGAUUCAUUGGUUUUUUGAAUGGAAUGAACCAUCUUUAUGUAUAAUAAAUACUCUAUGGUCUCUUGGCUCACUGUUUCAUGUAA